UAAACUAUUUACUUUAACCUAUACGAAAUCAAUCUCGUUAUGUACGCGUAAAAGAAGAAUAACCAACAUAAAUUUAUACUUUAAUACGAUAAUAGUGAAGACAACGUUCACCGAUUUUAUUCGUUGUUCAUAAUUUGUCCAUACCUGUGUCUGGACACGUUACACGUUUCGAACAAAAGAGAAAUUAUUAUAUAUAAUUGACGAACAACGGUGAAAAGGAUUUAAAUAGAACAAAUAAGUAUAGUGUGAAUACAACAUGGUUGACAACGUGGUAUCAUCCGAUGUGCAAACCUUAAAUAUUAAGGAAGAAAAGGCACGAGUCAUAUAAUUAUCAUUACGUUUAUAUCUUUAAUUUUUAAAAAUCAUGUUGACGUCUUUGCGAUUUUACGGUUAUAGGAUCAUUUACAGUGGUACUAGACGGAAGUACGCUUGGGCGAAAAUGAAGCCAGGAAAAGAGAAAAAAGUUGCAGUUGAAAAGAAUUCAAUUAGUGAAUUAAAUCCAUGGCCUGAAUAUAUACAAGAACGUAUAAUAUUAUGGGAUAAGUUAAAAGCCGAAUACGAUGCUGAAAUUGCUAAUAAAGAAUCAGAAGAGAUAAUUGUGACGCUUCCAGAUGGGAAAGAAGUUACCUGCCAAUCAUGGCGUACUACACCAUAUGAAAUUGCAAGGAAUAUUAGUCAAGGACUAUCGGAUAGUAUUGUAAUAGCAAAGGUUAAUAAUGAACUUUGGGAUCUCGAUAGACCUUUGGAAUACAAUUGUAAACUUCAACUUCUUAAAUUCGACGAUCCAGACGCACAACAAGUUUUCUGGCAUUCUAGUGCUCAUAUCCUUGGAGAAGCCAUGGAAAGAAUAUAUGGUGGUUGUUUAUGUUAUGGACCUCCAAUUGAAAAUGGUUUUUACUAUGACAUGUACCUUGGCGAUAAAGGUAUAUCUAAUUUAGAUUUUCCUUCUUUGGAAACUUUAUAUAAGGGAAUAGUUAAAGAAAAGCAACCAUUUGAAAGGCUCGAAAUGAAAAAAGAAGAUUUAUUAGAAAUGUUUAAAUAUAAUGAAUUUAAAAUACGAAUUUUAAAUGAUAAAGUACAUACUCCUACUACUACGGUUUAUAGAUGUGGCCCAUUGAUCGAUUUAUGUAGAGGUCCACAUAUUAGACAUACGGGAAAGGUUAAAGCUAUUAAAGUUACGAAAAAUUCUUCAACAUAUUGGGAAGGUAACGCCGAAGCAGAAUCAUUGCAAAGAAUAUAUGGAAUAAGUUUUCCUGAUACUAAACAAAUGAAAGAAUGGGAAAAAUUUCAAGAAGAAGCUGCUAAACGUGAUCAUAGAAAAAUUGGAAAGGAACAAGAAUUAUUCUUUUUCCAUGAACUUUCACCUGGUUCUUGCUUCUUUCAACCACGUGGCGCUUAUAUUUAUAACACUUUAAUCGAAUUUAUUCGUGGUGAAUAUAGAAAGAGAGGUUUUCAAGAGGUUGUCUCUCCUAAUAUUUAUAAUAGUAAAUUAUGGCAAACUUCUGGUCAUUGGCAACAUUAUGCAGAUAAUAUGUUUUCAUUUGACGUUGAAAAGGAAACGUUUGCAUUAAAGCCAAUGAAUUGUCCAGGUCAUUGUAUGAUUUUUGACGUAAGAAAUAGAUCUUGGCGUGAAUUGCCUUUAAGAAUGGCAGAUUUUGGUGUAUUACAUCGCAAUGAAUUAUCUGGCGCAUUAACCGGUCUUACUAGAGUUAGACGUUUCCAACAAGAUGAUGCACAUAUAUUUUGCACGAUAGAUCAAAUCAAGGAUGAAAUGUUAGGAGCAUUGGAUUUCCUACGUCAUGUAUAUUCUGUAUUUGGUUUUACAUUUAAUUUAUGUUUAUCUACGCGCCCUGAAAAAUAUUUGGGAGAUUUGGCUCUUUGGGAUUUAGCAGAAAAAGCAUUGGAGGACAGUUUAAAUGCUUUUGGAGAAUCGUGGAAAAUAAAUCCUCAGGAUGGUGCUUUUUAUGGUCCUAAAAUUGAUAUAACAAUUAUGGAUGCUUUAAAAAGAUCACAUCAAUGUGCUACGAUACAAUUAGAUUUUCAAUUACCAAUUAGAUUUAAUUUAUCGUACAUCAAUGAAUCAGGCGAAAAGACAAGGCCAGUAAUUAUUCACAGAGCUAUAUUGGGUUCUGUAGAAAGAAUGAUCGCUAUCCUUACCGAAUCUUAUGCAGGAAAGUGGCCAUUUUGGUUAUCACCAAGACAAGUAAUGGUGAUUCCUGUUGGAACACCUUUUGAGGAAUAUGCGAUUGAAGUUAAAACGAAACUUUGGGAGGCAGGCUUUAAUGCAGAAGUUGAUACUGAUUCUAGUGAUACGAUGAACAAAAAAAUUCGUAAUGCUCAAUUGGCACAAUUUAACUUUAUACUUGUUGUCGGAGAGAAAGAACGAAACGCUGGGACUGUGAACGUUCGUACGAGAGAUAACGUUGUUCACGGUGAAAUCAAAACGGAGGAUUUAAUCGAAAAGUUUAAAUUAUUUAAAGAAAGGAAAGAUCGUAACUGCGAGGAAAGGUUUCAAUAAAUCUACUUUCUUUAUCAAGACAAUUUAUUUAUAUGUAGGUAAUAUCGCUAAGCUUGAAAAAGUUAUAAGAUACGAUCUUAAUGCACUUUAAAAUAUUGGAAUAAAUCCUUUUCUGCAAUAUA